UUUAUUUCCUGUUUGAGCAAACUGCACUAAAAAUUUCGAAUUCAUCAUAAAGUGCUAAGGAGAAACAUAUUCAUUAAUUGUCACUAAAAAAGCUGACUUGAUUGUGUAAAAUGGGAGAAAUUCCUAAUGAUAUGAAAGUUAAUGUUCGUGCUGUGUUGUUAUCACAGGAAGGUGGUGUACUUGUUAGUCAGUUUAUAAAAGAUUAUAAACAUCUUAUACAAAAAACCUUACCCUACAAAAAUCAUGGUUUUGAUAAUCUUGAAGAUUUUUUCAAGGCAAUGCCAGAUGUUGUCAGAUUGGAAUACUCUAAGAAAGACAUGGCUUACAGAGUAUAUGGAAUAAUUGACAAAAAUACAUAUACACCAUCUUGGGUGGAAAAAUCCCAAAAAACCCAAGAAGAAAGGCCAAAAAAUAGACAUCAUUCAGUUAGAAGUAAAAGUAAUGGCAAGUCGGUACCAAAUGGAGAUGAUUUAAUACCAGAUUCACGUAAUAGAUAUUCGGUAGUAUAUCCUAGAUCUAAAACACCAGACUAUACAGAUAAUGAUGUCAGAGAAAGAUUUAAGAACACUGGUAAUGUUUGUGAUGUUCAUAUGAUUGAAAAGUGGAUUUUUGUAAGGUACAGGAACCAAGAUGAUGCUCGGAGAGCCCAGCAAAUGUACAAGGAUGAAUUGGAUGUCCGUUUUACUGAUGGUAAUAAAGGAAAAUCAUCAAAAGAUAACACUGCCAACAACAGUAGUAUGCUAAGCCCAGAAACACAGAGUUUUGAUGGUUCCUUUGGCGGAUCAUUUGGAGGUGGUGUAGGAGGUUCAUUUGUUGGAGCAUCAUCCGCCAGAACCCCAUCAAAUUUUGUAGAACGAAAGAAGAAUGAAUCAUUCUCUGAAGAAAAAGCUAAAACUACAGAUUCAAACACGUUUCAAGUCUAUAUUGGAAACUUGGCUAAAGAAGUAACUGAGGUUGAUUUGGUAGAUAUUAUUAGUGGUAAACCAGUUACUCGUGUGUGUAUUAAACGGAUGAACAAUGGUUCAAAAGUUGUUGGUUUUGUAUCGUUUACAAGCCAGAAAGAUGCUGACGAUGUUAUUGCAAAAUGGAAUGGAACGGUAUGGCAUGGUAGAGACCUUUUAGUACGGCACGGUAAACAGAGACAAGAAGGUUCAAAGGUUUCAGAAUUCGGGUCAUCUAAACAAUCUGAAAACAAAAACAAUUUGCCAAACAGUAUGAAUACUGCCAGAAAAAAAGAGAAAUCAGACGAUGAAAAAAGCAUAAGUAGCAUUAGUGACAAUUUUAAUAAACUUCAUGUGAACCCCACAAUGAAAGAUAGUAAUGACAAUAAUAUUCAAACAUCAACACCAAGACAAAUAGUUUGUACAAAUGGCAGUAGUCUAAAAGUCACCAAAAACUGUCCUUCACCAUUAUUUGUUCCUACACAAGUCAGCAGACAAAGUUCUAGCUCAUUCAAAAAAAAUUUACACACCGAUACAGAAGAUACAAUGCCUGCUUUAGAAGAGAUGAUGCCAGAACUGGAAGAGAUGAUGCCAGAACUGGAAGAAAUGAUGCCUGAGUUAGAAGAUAUUAAGUCACCAAUAGAAGACAGUACAUUUUCUAGUAAUGGUUAUGUGGAUCAACCAACAGCAGUAUUUGUUGGCAAUUUUCCUGCUGGUACAACUGAUAGAGAAUUGUAUGCCUUGUUUAAUCGUUAUGGUGUUCUACAAGUAAAAAUGGUUAAUAAUGCAUUAAACCAUGAACGAGGCUGCACUAAAGCUUUCGUAACCCUGGAAGGAUUAGAUUGUGCUGUUGAAGCUAUCUUAGAUUUAGACCAGACACCGUAUAUAGAUCGUAAAUUAUUGGUAUCUGCACCACAUGGUAAUGAAAUGUUAAAAGAAAUAAUUGAUAGUAAAUUACAGGAAUAUAUGUCUGAUACUGGAUCAUCAUUUUGUUCAUCUGCUCGAACUUUUUCUAAUAGAAGUAAAAGCACCCCUCCAUCAACGUGUCAAGAUGUCACUAACAUGAGUUCCCAGGAAUCAGCUGCUUUAUUAGAAACUUUUACUCAUAUAAUGGCCAAGAUGACAAGCAGAAAGCCACAACCGAUUGAGGUCGGAGAUGAGAUAACAUUAUGUGUGACUUCAUGGUUAAUAGAACAGUUCUACUUUGCUCAAAAUGGAAGUGAUAAACACUCAGUGAAGGAGUUGUUAGAUAUAUCAAGAAAUAUACAGAAUUCAGAGAAUCAUCUAGGUAGACCUAGAGGACUAGGUAGAUGUGUAGCUCUUUAUAUGGGACAGUGGUAUAGAGCGUGGAUACUAAAAAUUGAUGAUCAACCAAAAUAUGGCAAUGUAAAAGUAUUUUAUGUCGAUUAUGGUAAUGUCAGUAUCAUUCCAUUGAGUAAUACCAGAGUUGUACAUAGUUCAGCAUGGGAUUUACCAGCACAAGCAAAACCUAUUAGAAUUAUGGGUGAAACUGGAUUUAGUGAAAAAGAGCUGGUUGAGAAACAGCUUUCAGUUACAGUGACCAACUUAUUAACAGUGGAUAAGUGUCCAGUAUUUGAAGUAACUGUCAGUGGUAUUGAGAGUUGAAAGAUGUUUGACUCAGAUAAAGUGUUUGGUGAAGUAUAUGGCUGUCGUAUAACAAUCAAAUUAAUUUACAUUAAUUUCUUAUGUCUUUUACACCGAUUGGUUAAGUUUCUUUGUUGGUUGUCUGUAUUGGUUUAUGUAAAGGGAAUCUGUACUUCAUAUACAAUAAUGUCAGUUUUCUUUAAAUCGUCAACUUACAUAUGAAGAGUCCAGGGGAAGAACAAUCCAAGUCACAUUUUUGUCUUUUCGCAUAAACAACUGACUUCCACUUUUCAACCAAAUUAAGGUCAAAUAAAUACGAUGGACUUGUAUUUGUCCGGGAGGCCAUUUCAGAAGGGCCUUGGUUCGAUGUGACUCUGAUCGUUUUUACCUAAAAUUGAUUGUUCCACAGAAAGUUAAUACAAUUUGCUACCAGAUGGCGCCAUUAACCGGGGUUCGUUGAAAAAGUGACUUAAAUCAUUCUUCCCCGGGGCUGUUCAUAUGUCAUUUGUUUUUUGAAUAAAUGAUUUUCCUUGAUCGUUGAGAUCCAAAAUACAUAACCUUAGAUUUGAAAAUAUAUUCAGACUGUGGGGAAAAUCUAUUUGUUUUCCAAGACCGGAUUAUACAUAUAAGCUGAUGAAUGGAGAUGAGAGAACAGAAUACACCAAAAUAGUAAUAGCCGAUUGACACACUGUAAUAGUUAACUUUUUUUAUAAUUUAUUAUGGGCUUAUGAUAGAAUUUUAGUUUUCCAUGUCGUCGGUCAUAUGCUUCAAGAUAAGAAUAAGUUCUAAUUGAUUUAUAAUUGAAAAUAUUUAUAUUAGAUAUUAGCAUUGUUUUACUGCAUGUUAGAAAUGAAGUUCAGGUUCCCUUUGAUAAACCAUAUACAUGUAUGUUUUAAAAUGUAAGCAACUAAGUUGUGUUGUUAUUUUAAUUGGGUUUGUUAUAUUGAUGAUAUGGUAAUAAUUUAAUAAUUAUGUUUUGAAAUGAAACCAUGUAUGUAAUGUUUUAAUUGGGUUUCUAGUAAAUUAAUGGUUUUAAAACAAAAGAUACCAUUCUCAUUCUGUGCCAUAAUCAAGCCUAGUAUUUUCAGCAAAGUCUCUGAUUCUCAUUUGCUUAAAGAUUAUUGCAGAUAAUUAUUUGAAAUCGUGCAUUCCAAACAUUUUCACUUGCCCAUUUGUUAGACAUGCUGAUGGUCAAUUUGUUUAAAUAUAAAGACAUGUUUUAAAAAAUCUUGUUACUAACAUGAGAAAGUUCCUCAGGAUUUCCCAGAAUAGUUUUCCCUUGUUAGUGUGCCUGGCAAGGUUCCAUGUAUAUGUUGACGUGAACAUCUAAACCUUAGUAGUUGGAAUUGGAUGAAGAGUAGGCAGAAAUGCUGCCGUCUUGGUAAAGUUACGGUUAUAGCACACUACAUGGCUUAUUAGCCCAGUUGGUGCAGAAAUUCCAUAUAAUUUAACAGGUUUCUUUUUAUUGCUGUUGUCUUGUACAGCAACCUUUUCCCCCCAUUUGUUUUCCUUUUCCUUUGCAUAAAACAAAAAUGUUUGAAUUUUAAAAUUAUGGAAAACUUUGGUGUAGUGUUUAGUUUGUAUAUGUAUUAUUUGAGGGCAAGCUUUUUUAAAGGUGUUCACUUUCGAUUGUUUGUUUAUGUUUACAUAAUCCAGCAGGACUUGUUAACACAUAGUUCUUGUUUCUGUUCUGUUCAUCUUGGCACUAUAGCUGAUACUGGUGAAUACUUGUGUAGUAUGAAUACAACUAUGGAGUCCAUACAAAGGGAGCUUUUUACUCGCUUCAUGCUCCUAUAUGAAGGCAUCAUUGAUUGGCACAAAUCCAAAUCUAGAUUUGUUUGUUUCCUAUAAUUUUCAAAUCUAGAUACUGGUAAUAUGGAUACCUAGAAUACAAGUAAACCGUUGGACAUGUCGGUCUACCACUGACCCGCAACUGGAAAGGCAACCUCAGUUGAGUUCCAUGGCAAUCAAACAUGGCCUUAAGUUCUGUUCAGAAGUGCAUAAAUUGUUUUGUAAUGUAAUAUGGUAGACAACCCAAAUUGCCCAUUUGCUUUUUCCGUUGUUAAAAUGUAAUUAAACCUUACAAGUAUUUGAUAUCAAAUCAAUGAAAUAUUGGUAAAAUAUCGGUUUUGGUGGUAUGGAAUAUGCCAAGUUGUAUCAUCUGAUUAAUCUUAUGAAAGAUAAUAUAUAUCUUAAUAUGCUUGUGGCUUUAAUCAAAAAUCACUUAACAAUCUUCAAACAUAAAUUAUUAAAGUAAAAAAUUAUAUUAUUAAUUAAAAAAAAUUAUUGCAAAUGGUCUACCAUCAAUGAUGAGCUAAAAUGCAUCAUGAGCAGAUCCAUAUGGCUACCAUUUCAACUGUUAGAUUAAGUGGAAAUUUGCAUUGGUUUCAAAAACACCGAAUUGUCAUGUUUUCCAGAACUUGAAUUGGUAUCAGAAAUUGACAUUUCAAAGGGUGUUGUAUCAUACUAAUGGGAAUAUUUUUUCCUUGAGCUUGAAAUAAAUAAGUCAUUUGUGAAAAACAUUUACAUGUUAUUUAUUUAAGUUCUACAUCUAAGAGUCCUAUAAAGAUUUCCUUAAUUCUUAUAUAUUAGAAAUAUAUAUUUUAAUAAUUUCCAUUAUACUUAUCAAUUAAAAAUAUAUAUUAAGAAGGGCAAGUCUUAAGGGGUGAGGCUACCCGAAAAAUGCUUUCUGAAAUUCUAAAGCUAGUGAAUUGAAGAUGGCACAAGUAGUUAGGAAAUGUAAUAAACACGAGAAAACUAACAUUAAAAAUAAAGAAAAAAAAGUUGUUGCCAGUUGGAAAAAGUAUGAAAAAAGGUAGGUACACCAUAUCUCUGGCACUAAUAAUUAAAGAUAUUACAUUUCCUAUCUACUUGUACUAUUUUCAAUUCAAUAACAUUAACAUUUCAAAUUAAAAAAUUUCUAAUAGCCUCCCCCCUUAAUGAAUAAAAGGAGGAGUACAUAUAUUAUUUUAAAAAUUUCAUUAAUACUUACAUAUUAAAACAGAUAUUUAGAGAAAAAUAAAGUAAUAAAAGUAAAAGUUCUAAUAAAUACAAAAGGAGGAUUACAUAUUAUAUAUAUAUAUAUAUAAACUAUCCAAGAGACAUUUUUUACCAUCAUGUUAUUAGGAAAUCAAAGUCUGUAUUCAUGGUUAUUAUGGAUAUAUCAGAAGUGCCUUUUGUGUACAGGCAGAAAACAUUCCCCCUUGUGAUAUUAUUUCACAUCCAACUUGAAAUAGUCUUUAAAGCCAUUUUGUCUAAGGGGUAAUUUUUGCUAUGAAUACAGGAUUUUAAACAGCCUUAAGUAUUAAAUGAAUGCAUGUACUGUCAUAUUUAUCAUUUAGGGGGCUGUGUCAUAUGAUAUGGCUCUAUGUGCAGAUAUAGCAUUUUCCUUACCCACAAUGUAUCCACACUUUUCCCAGACAAUUCAAUAUAAAUUCAAACCAUUUAUUAUAAUUUAUAAUAUAACAAUGUUAAAGAUUAAAAAAAAAAAAAUUAAAGAUGAAAGAAUUCCUUAAAUAUAUCUUCAUUUAUUUGAAGAAAAAAAAUAUAAUCAUCAAAUUUUUUUAACUUGCUUAUCAAGGUUCUUUAUAUUAAAUCUACAAAAUAAUUGUAUUUUUCUUAAUCCGCGUAGAAUUCCAUUUUGUCGUCAGAUAUCAUAUCCUCUGUGAAAUCCUAAAAAAUUGUGAGAAAAAAAAAGUAAUAUUAACAAAAGGUUUUAUAAAAACAAAAGGAGGAUUACAUAUAUAAUUUAUAAAUAUUAAUAUUAUUUCUUGGGGAAUAAAGUAAAACAUCCUUGUGACAUUUUUUACCACCAGGAUUUUAGAAAGACUUAAGUAUUAAAUACUUUCAUAUUUAUCAUUUAUAGCACAUUCAAAGAGGGGUUAUUUCCUUACUCACCCUGUAUCCACACUUGUUCCACACAGUUAAUAUAAAAUCAAGCCAUUUAGUAUAAUUUAUGAUAUAACAAUGUUAAAGAUUAAAAAAAAAAUUGAAGAACAAAAUUAUUUCAUUAUAUUUUCAUUUAUUUGCCAAAUUUGAAAAACAAAAUUCAUCAAUAAAAUAAAUUAUUAUCAACUAUCCUUAAAUUCUCUGAAAUCUACAAAAUAAAUGUAUUUUUCUUUAUCAGCAUAAAAUUUCAUUUUUUCAUCAGAUAUCAGAUCCUCUGAAAUUCUAAAAAUUGUGAAACCAAACAUUUUCCUUCAUCUGUUUGGAAAGACAAUUUUUCAGCAUGUGUGAAAUUAAAAAAAAAAACCUCUGUAACAAAAUAUUUUCCUUUAUCUGCAUGGAAAAAGUAGUUUUCAUCAGAUAUUCAACCUGUGUAUCGACAUUGUCACAUCCUCUGUGAAAUUAACAAAACUGUAACAAAAUAUUUUCUUCCAUCUGCAUGAAAAGAGAUUUUUUCAUCAGAUAUACAACAGAUGUAUCUGUGUUGUCGCAUCCUCAGUCAAAUCUACAACACCAUGUCUCUAAAAUAUUUUCUCAAUAUGCUAAAUGAUGAUAUUCUAUCUUGUUCAUAAACUUCUUGAAAAUAAUAUCUUAUUGCAAUUUUUAUUCUACUGCAUUCAAUAUAUUUUUGGGGUGUUUUGGUUUGUAUUCGACUACAUAUUGCAUGAUUUUGGUUAAUUCCAUGACUCAAUGUGAACUUUUCCAUUAGCAAAGUUCCCCAAUUAAUCACAAUACAGCAUUAUCUUGUGAUUUCCCACAUAUUAUGUAUGGAAAACAGUUGUUUAACAAGUUCACCUCUUUGGUAUUUAACCCAUUAUUGUCACCAAUUGUAAGAAAUGUUAUAUAGAGUUAUAAAUUUUGUAAUUUGCAAAUUCUUCUUUCAAAUGAUCACCAAAUCCUUUGCCUGGGUAACUAGUUACAUUGUUGAACAGUGUGAUGGUGAAACCAGAGUUUGUAUUUAAAUAUUAUCAGCUACCUUAUAAGUGAAAUAAUUUCUUCGAAUUGAGUAUUGUCAAUCUCAAUUAGUUCAUUGACCAUUAUUUUAUGUCCAUCCAUUAAAAAAAUAUAAUAUAUUGACUGAACAAUGAUUGAUAUAAAUCUACUCGGAGAAGAUUUGUAAAUCCUGUUUAAGGAUAUAUAUUGUCUACUCAGGAUUGAUGCCAGUAAUAUGUUUUCAUGAUGAACACAGAAGGCAGAUUUGAUUGGCUUCCGCUGACAGUCAGAUAAAUUCUAGUUUUUUUGCUUUAUUAUGUGAAGAAUAGAAAACUAGACACAGCUUUUCAGCUAUUUUGGUACAUUUUGACAUUUAAUUUGCAGGCUUAAACCAUUUCUAGGAACAGUUAAUCUGUGAAAUCUUAAAUUGCUCCUUCAAAGAAUCCAGAAUUGGACUCUUCUUAGCCAUAGGUGACCCUAGUUAUGGAUAGUUUUGAGUCAGGGUGGCUCUAUCUCUACUUAAUUACAUACGAAAACAGAUAUUUUGGGCAUUUACUCUGAGAGUGAGAGAGACAAUGCAUGUAGUAUUACUGGAUUGUGGUCUUUGACUUUCACCAUUGUGAUGUUCUUCCAAGACCUAAACAACAGACUACUACAGUUCAGGUCCUUUUAUGAUUUUAUUUUUUAAUAACAUCUGGCUUUGAUAUUGCUGUUAUGAUAGUCUGGGUGAGCUAUGUCUAAUCACAGUCCCGCUCUCUUAUUUAAAGCUGCCAACACCCCUAAUUGCAUAAUGUCAAAGAAUGACUAAAGUACUAAUUUCUAAAUUUGGAAUAGACACGCCCCAUACCUUGCAAAUUAGCAGGAACUAUUACCUAAUUUGGUCAACUAAAUACAUUCCAUUACCAUUGGUGCAAUUUCAUAAAUAAAAGAGGAUAUGAUGUGUUUAUGAUAACCAAAAAGGUAAAUGACCAGUCUCUGUAUUUUGUUAACCUAUGGAUCAUUUUAAUAUGUCAAAAUAUCAUAUAUUUCCAUAGUGUUAUGUGAUGUCCUAUCUAAUAAAACUCGUUUAUGAAUUUCAAACCAAUAAUAGGUCAAGGCCAUAAUAUUGUUACAUGCGUCUCUGACAUUGGUAUUAUUAUAAUAAAACAAAUGAUAAUGAAUAUUAUUGCCAUAUUUACCAUUUUAAAAAAAAAAUGUUUAAUUAUUACAAUAUAUUAUUUUAUAGAAAAACAAAAAGAGGAGCUGUUCCAUAUUUUCUAUCUUUAUGUCCAGUUGACAUUUCUUGUUUCAGGUGGAUAUCAGAGUAUGUCCACCACUUGACUCUAUUUUAUAUGUAGUGUAAGAGAUGUGCAACAGAUUUAAGUAGUUUGUUGGACAGAUUCUUUAUAUUCUUUGAAUAAUGGUUUAAAUUUGUUUGCCUUUCCCCAGCUUGUGUAAAUUUAUGAAUUUUGUAAUGUUCCGUCUUCAUAAUAAAGCAUUGUAUACUGAAUUUUAAUAUAGUUUUUAAUUAGAUAUUAACAUAAGUUUGUUUCAUGUUCCUGUAGAGGACAAUUUUUAUGUAUCUGAUAAAUACUUGGUAUUUUUGAAGUAUUGCUUUUCUGCACCAUAUAUAUUAUAUGCUAAAUUGCUAUGUCCUAUGUAAUGGUGUUUUUGAUAUAGUUUAGGUGAAAGAAGUGACAAUAUGAGUUUUGGAAUUUAGGCUUUUGUACAGAUUUUUAUACGCCCACAUUUUCAUGUGGACGUAUGUUGUCAUCGCCCCUGUCCGCCCGACCGAAUGUCCGCAAUUUGUUUGUGGACACUCUACAAGUCAAAAUUUUUAUCCAAUUUUGAUGAAACUUAAAAUAUAGGUUUAUAUCCCAAAGAUCUUGAUAUUGGCAUGUAUCGGACCGUAACUUCAUGGAUAAUGGCUUCUGAUUUUAUGAAAACUCACAUUUUUAGCUUGUGGACACUCUACAGGUCACAAUUUUUAUCCAAUUUAGAUGAACUUGAAAUGUAUGUUUAUAUCCCAAAAAUCUCGGCUCCUUUAGAUAUUCACGCAUAUCAGAUUGUAACUUCCUGGAUUAUGGCCCCUGAUUUUACAAAAUAUCCAGAUUUUAGGUUGUGGACCCUCUAGAGGUUACAAUUUGUAUCUGAUUUUAAAAACAUUUAAAUAUAUUAGUGUUACAACUUAAUGAUGGUUGAGUUUGAAUUAAUUGAAAAAAGGAACAAAACUGCCAGACAAAUUGGCCGCUCCUCCUAACGUAAAUAGUGUAAAAGUAUGUAAUACAAGGAUGUGGGUGGACCCUCUAGACAUCAGAAUUUUUAUCUGAUUUUGAUGAAACUUAAAAUAUAUGUUUAUAUUCCAGAGAUUUUGAUUCUGGAUUAUGUUCCCUGAUCGUAGGAAAAAGUGCUUUAUGUUUAACUUGUUUUCUGUCCAUCAAUUGCAAAAAGUGGGCGUAUCUUGCAUGGCAACCGCUUGUUCUGUUAAUUGUAUACUUGUACUGAAUUUAUGUCUUAUAUAUUUUGCUUACAAGAAUAUUUCGCUUUGCUUUAGAAUUUUUUAUAUGCCCACCUUUAAUGUGGACGUAUAUUGGUGGGCCCAAAAAGCCCCUGUCUCUUUCUGUUUUUUUUUUAAAAAAAGAUAUCUUUCUCUGCCACUUGCAUGUGGUGAUUAUAAAUCGUGAACAAUUUCAUAAUUAUUCUUUUCUUUAAAAUAAAACUUCUUUAUUGAA